CGGUCGCAGAAUCCGAGAGAUAGGGUUUAUCGUCGGAGAGGAGAGCAAGGUGGAGGCGACGCGAUGAUGGCUUCCAGGCUGCGGCUUCACCAGCUUAGGCUGGUUGGAGCCAGACCGUCCUGUUGUUCUCCAUCCCGGGAGUUCGCGGCAGUGCGAUCCCAAAAGAUUCAGCUCCCCAAGAAGAAAAGACGAUUGGAUGAAGUGUGCCUCGAGAGGUUUCAACAGUAUAGCAGGACUUACAUCCAGUCGUGGAUUCUUCAGGGUAAGGUUCUUGUGGAUGGAAGGGUUGUAAAUAAAGCUGGAACACAAGUUUCUGACAAGUCAGUCAUAGAAAUCAAGGCUGAAAUUCCAAAAUAUGUAUGUAGAGCUGGGCAUAAGCUUGAGGCAGCCAUCAAAGAGUUUGGUAUUGAUUGUGAUGGAAAGGUAGCCCUUGACUCAGGGUUAUCAACUGGUGGUUUUACUGACUGUUUACUCCAACAUGGAGCAUCACAUGUAUACGGUGUCGAUGUUGGCUAUGGACAGGUGGCUGAAAAAAUUCGAGUGCAUGAACAGGUUUCAGUAAUCGAGCGUACAAAUUUAAGACAUCUUACUGAACUGCCACAACUGGUUGACUUGGUGACAUUGGACCUAUCAUUCAUCUCAAUUCUCUUGGUUAUGCCUGCUGUAGUCAAAGUAAUGAAGACAGACUCUACAUUGAUUACACUUAUCAAACCACAAUUUGAAGCUCGUCGAUCUCAGGUAGGAGGUGGUGGGAUUGUUCGAGACCCUCUGGUUCACAAAGAGGUGCUAGAUAGGAUAAUUUCAGGCGUAGAGCAGUUUGGAUUCUGCAACAAGGGCUGGAUUGAAUCUCCGAUAAAGGGCGCAGAAGGGAACAAAGAGUUUCUUGCUUGCUUCAAUAGGAUCCCAACUCCAGAACUGCUGCCAGAGGAAGCAGAGUCAACAUGAUUACUGUAUUACUGCCAGAUCAGGCACCCAUAGAAUAGCUGGAGAGUACUUGUUGAUCUGUUUACUAAGGAUGUUACUUAAAUUAGCAUAAUGAAAUUUAGCAAUACCCUUCUGCAAUGCUUUCCUUUAGCUCGUUGGUUGCUUUCAACUCACUCUGCGGAUUUCUGUAUGUACGGAAUUUGUUUGGCGAGAUUGAAAAGUUUCAGAGACGGCAGAUGCUCUGAAAAUAGAGACAAAAAGUUGCAUGGAGAAUUGAAGAGCAACCGAUUUUGUUUUUUUGUAAUUGAAGAGCAACCAAUUUUGUUUUUUGUUUAUAUUUUCUAUUUUUUUUUUUGGCUCAUGCUCGGGCAUCCCACC